AUGAAACAUCUGGAGAAGGAGGUGAGGGUCUUCCGCCAGCGCUUGUCGCAGAACCCGCAAUGUCAGCGGACGGGUGCAAUUCUGCUCAAAAAAGAGGAGCUGCUCAACGCGUAUGAGAAGAGUCAUCAAGAGAAGCUGCAGGAGUGGUUAGGGCUGAAGGCGGAGCUUGACGGGGAAGUGACAAUGGGUUUCCUGUCUGGAAAGAUUAAAGAGCGGAAGGCGAGAACGGAAGUGAAAUCGGUCUGUUACAACGGCACUACCCACUCUGGAGCGAGGGAAGUGCUGACGGCGGCGACGGAGUACUUCAGGAACUCGUUCGGUGGGGGCGAUACGGACUCUCACGGGACGGAGCCGCAGGUUAUGGACCGGGUGCUAUGCGAUGCAAGCCACCGCGCCCUUGGAGCGCCAUGGUCGGAGGAGGAAGUCCGGGCAGCAGUGCGUGAGCUGGCUCCGGGGAAGUCGCCGGGACAAGAUGGGCUCCCCAAGGAGCUGUUCGAACACAACUGGGAUUUGCUCGGGCCGGUGCUGAUGCAGUUCAUAGAAAGCUUCACGCGAACGGCAAAGCUACCACGAGAGGUCUCAACUGCGGUCACGAUCCUGUUGCACAAAAAGGGGAGCAAAGAGGAGUUAGGGAACUACAGGCCCAUUACUCUGCUUAGCACAGUCUACAAGGUGCUGGCGAAGGUGCUGGCCUCAAGGCUUAAAAAGGUGCUGCACGAGGUGAUCUCGGAAGAUCAGGCGGGCUUCCUACCUGGUCGGAGACUGGCGGAUGCAGCUGCUGUGGUCGCGGACGCUAUUGAGGCAGGCGCAAGCGAUGAGAAGGACUGGUACCUUCUGAUGGUCGACUUCCAGAAGGCGUUCGACUCCAUCUCAAGGGCCUUCCUUUUCCGCACGCUGAGAGGGAUGGGGGUCCCGGAGCGGUUUGUGUCUUGGGCGGAGGGCCUGCACACAGGAGCAGGAACAAGGUUACACAUCAAUGGUUGGACGGGAGAAAGGGUCGCGGUGGAAAAAGGGGUGCGUCAAGGCUGCCCGCUAGCACCGUACCUCUUCUUGUGCGCGGUGGAGCCGCUCUGUCAAGACAUUGCGAGACGCCGGCUGGGAGUAGGCGAAAAAGGCGCGGUGAAGCUAGCUUACCUGGGUUAUGCCGACGACACGUCGCUGGUGCUACAGGGAGAAGAGCAGCUGGUUGCAGCGGCUGAUGUGCUGGAAAAAUUCGGGAAAGCGUCAGGGCUGAAACUAAACAAGGAUAAGACGGUGGUCUUCCCACUCGGGAGGAAUAGGGGGAAGUCCUCGCCGUCAGACCUGCAGUUUAAGUGGGCGGAUACGGCAGUACCGGAGAGGCUGCUCGGUGUCUGGAUCACCCCGAACGGUGACCCGCUUCCGUCCUGGGAGAAGGCUUUGGACAGGGCAAGGAAGGAGUUAGCCAAAUGGGAAAUUCAACAUUUAACGACAUCGGCGAGGGUCACGAUUAUCAACGGAUACAUAACGCCUAUCUUCAUGUUCCAGGCAUACAUUUACCCGCCGCCGGAGGGAAUAUGGACGAAGGUCAAGCGGAUCUGUCACCACUUCGUGUCGGGAGGGGAAGCGACGGAGGAAAAGGCCUUUGUCCUCUGGAACUACGAGCUGGUCUGCACGCCUCGUGAAGAGGGAGGGUUGGGGAUGAUCUGCCCCAAGAAGCGGUUCGACAGCAUAGCGGUGCAGAAUGUUGGCCGCAUGAUGCUGCAGACAAACCCCGUUAAGAAAUGGCUGACGGAAAGAGCGGCGGCGAUGCCUCUGGGCCCGGACACAAUCUAUGCCCACCAGUCCCUGCUGAAGCACUGGGAAGAGGGAAGCAAGCGCUGGAAGGACAUGAUGCUGGCCUUCUGGAAAUCACCUUUCUGCGUCACCCCGGAGCCAAGUAACCGCUGGGAAGCGGAGCGGGAGCAGCUGGCUUUUAACAGACGGAUACCUUUCAGGGGGGCCAGCCCGUUCGGAAACCAACAAGGCUCGGCGAAGCUACUGGGCGUAACUCUAGGCGACCUGGUCUGGCGUCGGGCGGAUGGAUCACGGGAGCGGAAGUGUGUGGAAACUCUGACGUGUGAGCUCGGCAGCGUUGAUACGGCGAAGUUGGCGCUGAAAGCUUUCAUGGCGGCGCCUGCUGGAUGGAGAGACAUGAUACUGGCGACGUUGACAAGCGAGGAGCUCGUGGCUAAGGUCCCGCUACUGCGAUAUCAGGGGUGUAUCUCUGCGGCCCCGUCGCUUUGGAAUGUUAGCGGCGCUGUCAGCGGCAGAGUGACGGGUGUGGCGUGCCGGGAAAGCAAGGACGGUACUUUCACGGUCGGGGACGGGAAGUAUCCUGUAAAUUUCGGGCUGCACAGCGGGGAGCCGGUAGCAGCACAGGGUGAUAAGGUACUGGGGCUCAUGGGGGAGGCACGAACGAAGCUCCUACAGUCCAAGCUAACCAAGGAUGGAGGGCUUCUGGCACUAAAGGAGAUCAGGAAGGAGCUGGUAACCUCAGCAGGCGUCGUAAAGGAGCAGCGGAGGUGGAUUGGUGAUGGGAGGAUUAUUGAAUGGGAGAGGGUCAUCAAGCAGAGGGACUCUCUUGCCACCCCUGCUCGGGCAAGAGAAAUCCUGCUAAGGUUGCAUUGCAGGAAUUUACAAGUGGGAGAACGGCUCUUCUUCAUGAAGGAAAAAGUGGUCUGCCCACAUUGCAAAGCAGAGGAGACACCGGAGCAUUGCCUGCUCGGCUGCCCGGCGAUUCAGAGGAUAGUCCGCUUUCUGAAGAAGGGACUGGCUGAGAUGAACCCGCAGCUGAGUUGGCAGGGCUUGGAGGACCUCCUCUUCAUGCAGAGGAGCACGAAGUCUGGCUUUCCGGAAAGUUCUUUCAUCGCCACCACACUUCACCAGACUUGGCUGGCAAGGUGUGACGCAAGCCGCUGUGGUGUUGCACUUCAGCCCAAGAAAGUGAUACGCCUGGCAGUGGUGAAGUUUGUCGCACACGCCAGGGUGUACUGCCUGGCAAGGCAAAUGGCAGCGCGGAAGCAUGGGGUGGCGAUUGGCGCCGAUAACUGGGACUACCUGGCAACAGACGAGGCGGCGAUGAUGAGGCGAAUAUGCAGCAAAGGGGAGUUUGGUCAGCUGGUGCUUUUAGAGAAGCUGUAUUUGAAAGACCUCCGACAGCUCACGCACCUGCCCGAAACAUUCGGGCAGUUAAUAUCUCUUCGGGAGCUGAAAUUGUUGGAGUGUAGGCAGCUGCAGCAACUUCCCGACUCCCUGUCCCAGCUGUCUUCUCUCGAGCACCUGGAGUUUAACGACUGUCCGUGCCUCACUGUGCUGCCAGACGACAUGGGUAAAGGUCUCCGCUCCUUGCGCCACCUGCAUCUGCUAGAGUGCACGGCUCUCACCCACCUCCCACCAUCCUUCUCCGCCCUGACAUCUCUUGAAACGCUGAAGAUUGUAGACGCGAAACGCUUCAGGGGCGCGCUGCUGGACGGCUUUGGCUGCCUGAAGAGCCUCAAGGAGCUGUCGCUUGAGUCUAUGCCACGCUUUUCCUCCCUUCCCUGCUUCAUUCUCUGGCAUUCGUUCACACGGCUGCCUAAGCUUGAGAAGCUGGAGGUGAUCAUAUGCAAGAAGCUGACUCGGCUGCCCGCCUCUCUCCUGAAUUUGCCAACAUUGCGUGAGUGCGACACCAGUGAAUGCCCCCUGCUCUCCCGUCGCAACACCAGAGGGAUUCCUGCAAGGAGAGAGGAGGGAGAGGAGGGGGAGGGGGAGGAGGAAGAGGAGGGAGGGGACGCAGAAGAGGAAGAGGGGGAGGAGGGAGGCGAUGUGGCUGGGGAAAGGGAAGAGGCGGAUGGGGAGGCACCAGAGGACGAGGAGAGUGGGGGUGAAGAUAAUGAUAUUGAGCAUGAGUAUGCCAUGGACAGUGACUAUGAGAUGGGCUGUGGCAGAGGCUGGGAGGUGGAGGAGGAGGGGGAGGGAGGGGAUUCGGAAGGGGAAGAAGGGGGGGGAUGGGAUUCGGAAGUGGAAGAAAGGGGGGGAUGGGAUUCGGAAGGGGAAGAAAGGGGGUUAUGGGAUUCGGAAGGGGAAGGGGGGAAUGGGAUUCGGAAGUGGAAGAAAGGGGGGAGAUGGGAUUCGGAAGGGGAAGAAAGGGGGGAAUGGGAUUCGGAAGGGGAAGAAAGGGAGGGAGGGGAUGCGGACGAGGAAGAGGGUGAGAAAGGGGAUCAGCAGGAGUGGGAGGGGAUGCGGAAGAGGAGGAGGGGGAGGGAGACGAUGCGGUGGUGGAAAGAGGAGGCAUCGGAGGAAGAGGAGGAGAGAGGUAGGGAGGACGAUGACAUUGAGCAUCCGUAUGGCUUUAACACUGACAAUGGCAUGGACGACGAGGGAGGAUGGGAUGUGAUUUGCGUCUACUAG